AUGGCACAUGUGCUCAUUUCACAGCUGUCCUGUGGAGACUUAAACACAAGGAUCCUUGCAAGAGUUUCUAGGUUAUGGGAUUUCUGCGAUCUCAACGGCAGUGGCAAUAUUUUCCACACUGAUCUUGUGCUGCUCGAUCAGAUGGGAAACAGCAUUCACGCUCAGAUUUAUCCACCUGCAAUUGACAGCCUGAGGCCUUUGCUUAAGGAACAAAAGGUUUACUAUAUUGACUCCUUUACUGUGAGGUAUGCGAAUAGGACAUACAGGCCAGUCGACAAUAGCCUAAUGAUUGUGUUCAGUAAAUGGACAACAUUUGAAGAAUACAUUGAGCCCGCUGCUGAUUUCCCUGGCAUAACUUUUUCAUUGACACCAUUCAGUGAUAUCCCCAAUUUAGUGGACAAGACCAUCUUCUAUGUUGAUGUCAUGGGUGUCAUCACUGAGGUUGGUUCGCCAACCGUUGUGCGGCCGAAGUCAAGGAAUGCUGAUAGCUUAAAAAGAACAAUACAGAUAUGUGAUGCAAGCAAUUCAACAAUGCCUGUUACACUCUGGGGAGAAAGGGCUGAUGCUUUUGACGCUAAUAGUGUAUACAAUGCUGGCCAAACUCAGGCCCAAGUUAUUGUCUUUGUUGGGACACUUGUCAAAGAUUACACAGGAUUAGGUCUUACAGUGACUGGUAGUUCGCCGUGCAAAUGGUAUCUAAACCUUGAUAUUCCUGAAGUGCUAGAACUCAAAGAGAGCUUCAGUGCAAACUUUCGUCCAGUCAGCUGGGUUGAUAACCCAGCAACAGGUUACAACCAGGACACUGCAGAGGAAAAAACUAUUCAAGAAAUACUUGCCCUCAAUCCUCACAAAAACAGGAGUACACGUUUCAUUGUCAAUGUCACUGUUAGGAGGAUAUGCAGCGAAAAUUCCUGGGAAAAACCUGCGCUCCUACAUCCAAGUGCUAAGAAGCUCUUCAAGGAUGCUCCUUAG